AUCGCGCAUGUCCGACACGAGCGGCAAUCUCCGCAGCCUCGUGGAGGUUGUCAUGGUACCUCACUGCUACCACGACGAGAAAGAAGAUCUGUGGUACGAUGGCUCCGAGCGUAUGGCAAUCCAUGGCGUCGACGUCGUCUGGCCGCUCGCGCCUGCGCAGGCGGCGUCCUUGCUGGAAGCAAGCCCCGACAAAGCGACGCUCUUCCUCCCGCCGUCGGCCAUCUCUUCGAGCCUCUACCUCGACCACAAGAAAUAUUCUCGGAACAACACUGUUUAUGGAUUGAAGCCCUCCGCGGGACACGUCUACGACUUUGCGCAUUUCGCGAUCGAUGCCGUCGGGUCGGCAUCGGCUCUGGUGCCGACUCCUGCUUCGACACCGGGAACGUUUGCGACGCUGCUCUACUUUGUGCCGUCCGACUGCAUUGGCGGUGCCGUCACCAUCACGUACGAAGACCAGACAACGACGUACGAGGCACGUGGCGGACACUCCGUCGUCUUCUUCAACACGUGUCACGUCUCGGUCGCACCGAUCACAUGGGGCACCCGCGGCAUCUUUGUGCACCGCGUGAGCUACGAGGACUAUGCCAGCAGAUACAUGUACGGCUUGCGCUUGGUGCCACCGCCGCUGCCGUCCAAGGCCGACAUUGACGACGCGAUCGAGAUGCUGGUCGACCAAGAGUACUGCGUCGUCCACGUUGAGCUUGAAACGCGGACCACCGCGCCACAGUAUGCGACGCUGACGGGUCGUGACAAGGCGGUCGUCGAAUGGCUUCUUGCGGCGGAAAUCUUUGACAUGGCGUUCAUCACGGUGAACGAUGCGACGACGAGCCAUCGUUGGAUCCCGCCAACGGGGACAACCGAUGGCCGAUGGGUAAAGAACGAUGGCUCGGACCGCGGGAAGACCAUGCGGAAGCUACCCGACGUCUUCCAUCCGCAGUGCGUGACGCCAUCGCGUCUCCAAACCGCGUGGCCCUUCCGCCCGAUCGCGUACUUUAUCGAGGAAGACACGAUCGACAUUGCCGAUGACGACGCGAGCGACAUUGCCGAUGACGACGCGAGCGACAGUGACGAUGACGACGCGAGCGACAGUGACGAUGAGGACAAUCGUCCAGUCCCAGUCUGCCUUGUCUUUUGGCCCAAAGCGCUCCGCUUGUCGCUGCUCGGUCUUGUACGCACCGUCGCUUUGCUGCGUGAUCACGUCGACGGGUCGUGCUCGGACGACUUUGGGUUCGGGUCUACCCAAGCGCUCUUUGAAGCCGCUGUGCGCUUCUUCACUGGUGCCGAGCCCGGUCCGGCGCAGCUCAAUCGCUCGAGUCGGUUGGCCAUGGCAAACGUCCUCUUUGACUAUGGCGACCGCGCGCUCAUGGCGGACUAUCUGAGCGGCAUGCGAUGGGACGAGCACGAUGUCGCUAUCGUGCCGUGGGUGGUCUCGGUCGUCCGCCGCUUUGGCUUGCCGGCCAUGACGGACGCUUUUAGCCGCCUGGACGUUCAGACGUCCGGUUCGUUCUGGCGCAAGGUCCUUGAAGGCAUCCGUGCUGACACGCCGUCGUGUGAGCGCGACGUGUACGAGAUGGCAUCUCGUUGGUGGACCAGCGCACUGAAAUGGAAUGGAAUGCCUGUGGACGGUAUCCAGCUCGCGGGGUGGCUCUAUGAAAACAACCUGGCGCCGAGUACGCGCGCUCUUUUGUCGGCGCGUCUGCCGGCCGAUGUCGUCGACAAUAUCGUCGUCAUGACGAUCGACGUGGCACCGCUCGUGCAACGAUUCAAAUACGAACGCGGGCUACCGGUUGCCUUGUGGUCACUGCGUGCGACGCCGCUGCCACGCCCACUGCACGACGCCUACCUCGACUACGCGCUGCAACUCCACAAAAGUGAUGUUGACUACUACGACGAGGCCGCUGCUUGCUUGCUCUUGCUGACCAUUGGGACCUGCAGAUUUGAGGCCGCCGAUGCCAUUGCGUCGACACGUCGUACGAACGCCACGUUCCAGCAAACGCUAGGAAAGCUGCGCAAGCAAGGUCCACUCACUGCGGCGCAAGAACUGAUCCUCGACGACUAUCUCCAAAGCAAAUAGGGGUCGCUCGUUUAAACUUUUGUCAACACAGAUACGAGUAUGCAUUGUCAGUCUAC